AUGCUCGAAAAGGCUAACAAUAAUCCCGACCAGGCGUGCGACCUUUGCUAUCGCAGGAGGAUCAAAUGCGACGCACAAAAGCCCCGGUGCACUAAUUGUGUAUUGCAUGACUCGACCUGUACUUUUGGAGCUGCAAGCCGCAAAGCGCGGGCUAGGCAUCGGGAGUCGGGCGAAGACAUUGGAGCUCUGCGAUUGCAGGUAGAGCGUCUCGAAUCAAGUCUUCGCCGGGCUUCACAGAGGAUCGACGAGCUUCAAGGUCUUGUACCGAGAUGGGACAAGGCUUCAGACGUUCCGGCUGCCUCGGUCGGCCUCCAUGAAGUUCAGGUCGACUUGGUCCAACAAGAGCUCCCUGGUGCACGCAUGGAACUGCCACCGCUUCAGGAAGUCCUGUCUGCGACGGAAGUUUACCUGACAACACUCAACGCGGUUCUUCCGCUGUUCCAUCCCGGUCGGCUACUGCAAUCGAUCAACGAUUGGUACGCACAUCCUGGUCGAAGACAGCCUCCAACAUGGGCGGCAAUCAACGUGGUUCUCGCGCUGGCCAGUCGUCGCGACGAAGCGACACUGCGUGAGAGCGCGGCGUACUACCUACAUAAAGCCCAGACGGUACUUUCUGAGGUGAUCAUGGGUGACGCCGAUCUUCUCAAUGUCCAGAUCCUCGUCGGAAUGGUCAUGCUCUUUCAAGGCACGCAAGAUCUUAAACCAGCGACGAUGCUGAUCGCCAUUGCUUUACGUCUGGCGCACCAGUUAGGGCUACAUACUCGAAGAGCCAAUCACCUCGACACUUCCCAGGUGUUGGAACGGGACCGAGUCUUUUGGAUAGCAUACCUCCUCGACAGAGACAUCAGCUUGCGCACAAGUCAGCCCCCUGUGCAACGCGAGGCCGACAUCCACCUUGAGUGGCCGUCAGCCGAGCCCGAAGAUGGAGCUGGAAACGUGACCGGUGUCGACGGUGGCUCAUUCAACUUUCUUCGAUGCCGCGUACGCCUUGCUCGGGUCCAAGGUGAGAUCUACGACUUCAUGGUUGCAAUGCGUGCCGGGACGAUGGAUAACUACCAGCGAGACGAGGACAUGGUUCGUCUCAACCAUAUGCUGGACGAGUGGAUCUCAACUAUACCGCCACCGUUCCGACCCAGCUCUGUGCUGCAAAUUGGACAGCCAAAUCUGUGCAGAAGCUUUGCGGUCCUCUACUCCACCCAUCUUGCCUGUCGGACUCAGGUUUACCGGGCCCACGCCAUGGCGUCGCGCUGGAUGCAGAGCCUACAGAGUUUUGGCAGAACGAUUACGCAACGAGGACGUAUUAUUCCAGCACCCCUGCCUACACCGUCAUUGCAAGAUUGGGAGAAACUCGUUGACGAGGCUCGUGGAUUCAUGCAGCUGUUUUGGGGCGUGGAACGAAGAGACCAGGCGUUCAUCUGGAUGACCGCGUGCACAUAUAUCUCUGGAUCCGUAUGUUUGACGGCCAACAUCCUGUUUGAGCCAUUCCAUGCGAGUGUGGAAGACGACCUGUCACUGGUGAAUCUGUCCAUCUCCCUCUUGGAAGAUCUGAUACAACAAACAGGGCACGAGCCUCUGAAAGAUCUACGAGACGCAUGCGAGGAGCUCCUGUGUUAUGCUUGUGCACUACUGCCUAUGGCUAAUGUUUAG